CAUUUAUGAAAAAUACUUCAGCCAGCAAACAAGCUAACAAAACUAAUGUACUUAGAAAAUCUACUGAAAACUUACCUCCUUUUGCGCCUUCUACUGAAAAAGAUAAGGAAACAUCUAAGUUAGCUCAUCUUGAAAGUAAAUACCAAUAAUUAAAGUAGUUAAUCUUAACAGAGUUUGUUUACAAUAAGAUGCUUUGAUGCCAUUAUUACAAAUGAUAGAAUACAUUCCAGCUAUUCAAAGAACAGAUAGUGUUGUUAAAGGAUUAAUGAGGAAGAUUGAAGAAAAUGAAUAAAAAAUAUUAAAAUCAGAGAAACUACUUGAAUCCAAAAUUAAAAACCCAGAUGGAAAUCAAGAUAAAGAUACCAAAAAAUAAUAAAAGCAACUUUAAGAACUUUAAGGUAAAGUCAAAGAUAUGGAAUAAUAAAUGAAUAAUCUCUAAAGGUAUUAUUUUACUUUAUAUAUUUUUAGAUGGUAUGAAGCUAAAUUAAAAGAAGAGAAUCAAGCAUUACAAAGAAAUCUUGAACAUAAAAUUGAAAAAUCUAAAAACGAUACUUAAAAAUCUGUUGGAUCUGAAAAAAGAGUCAACACUGAACAAUCUAAAACUCAUAGUAAAUAAGUAUCAUAAGUUCAACCACAAUAAACACAAGAAUCUUAAUAAUAAUAUUAAUAUAAUGUUUUAUAAGCUGUUGAAUAAAUGGUAACAGCAUCAUUGAAUCAAGUUAGAAAUUAAAUCUAAUCAGAAAUAAAUGAAUUACGAGAACAAGUUAUAGCUUCAAAAUAAUGA